AUGGAUUAUUUCCUUGGUCUAAUGAUACUAAUUUUCUCUCACCAGCCUAUGUCAUACAUUGUUGAAGCUAAAAUCAGUGGCUUCAGCGUUGAACUAAUUCAUCACGACUCCCAACUAUCUCCGUUCUAUAAUCAUUCUGCCACUCCUGGAGAGUUGUCAAGCUAUGAUGCUUUGCGAUCUAUUGCCCGAAUCAACCACUUUCGUCCAUCAUCUCUAUCUCAUGAAAAUUUCUAUAUUGGCAACCCACCAGUUGAAAGUCUAGCCGUUGCUGACACAGGAAGUGAUCUUGUGUGGAUCCAGUGCGCACCUUGUGACAAUUGCUAUGCUCAAGAUAGUCCCAUCUUUGAUCCGGUGAAGUCUUCUACUUACAUGGAUCUUCCUUGUGACUCAAGUUCUUGUCAAGCUCUACCAAGUUCUCAGUGUGGCACUACAAAUAAUGAAUGCCAAUACAGAUAUAGGUAUGGAGAUAGAUCAUAUACCAUUGGAGUCCUAUCCACAGAUACCUUCACAUUUGAUUCCACGAAUGCUCGGGCCACUGCAUUUCCAAAUUCUGUAUUUGGAUGUGGACACAACAAUAGUGGAACUUUCACUAGCCGUGGCUCCGGACUUGUCGGUCUCGGGGGCGGACCCCUGUCGCUGAUUUCUCAAUUGAGUGUUGAAAUUGAGCAGAAAUUCUCGUACUGUUUGUUGCCAAGGACAGCGAACUCCGCCAGUAAAUUGAAAUUUGACGAAGUCACAGCACGGGACUCGAGUUCAAGCACUUUCUACUCUCUCACCCUUGAAGCCUUUGAGUCAAAUUUUUACAAUGAACUUGAAGCCGCGGUGAAAGAAAGCAUUAGUCUAAACACAGUACAAGAUCCACGGGGAAACUACAGAUUGUGUUAUGAUUCAACUUCCUUCAGUACGGCUCCUGAGACACCAAUACUUUUCCAAUUUACUGGAGCUGACAUUACUUUGAAGACAAUUAAUACCUUCGUAGUUUUGGAUGGUAUUACUUGCUUGGCAAUCAUCCCUUCAAAUGAUCUCAAUAUCUUUGGUAACGUUGCUCAGAUUAACUUCCAAGUGGGCUACGACCUUGCAAAAAAGCAAGUCUCUUUCGCUCCAGCAGAUUGUACUCAAUAUUAG